AUGAUGGAGGACCAUCGUAAAGCCUUGACCAAGAUGGAGGACGACUACAGACAGGAGCUGCCCUUCAAGGUAAUGAAAGAGUACACUGUGGUUCCUAUAGUCUAGGAUAACUUAAUCUCCUGUCUUCCUCCCUCCCUUCAACACCACAGAAUGGCCUCAGCAGAGAUACAAAGUCCCAUGUUUUAAAUAAAGGCAGAAAAACAUUCUAACCCACUCCAGGUCAGAGGAGGUGAUGACCACCAGUCCAGUCUCUCUCACACCAAGCUCUCUGUGCAGUGAAGACACAACACGCUCUCACGCCUCCACAGCUGAAAUGUGUGUUGUAUUUGUUUUAUUGGUGUUAUCCCCUGCGGCAGUCUGGUGGUGGGGGUUAGGGAGGGUUAGUGAGGUUUCAGCCUCAGCACGGCAGUAUUAAGAGGAAUGCCUUCUGAUUCCCCGAAAAUUACACUGCUCUCCCUCCGGUUUCCUGCCCCUCACACGGAUGCUCACCAAGAGAGAAGGAAGUGGUCUCUCUCUCUCGCACACAUUUUCACACACACUCACUUACUCACACACUCACUCACACACACACACACACACACACACACACACACACACACACACACACACACACACACACACACACACACACUCACUCACACACACACACACACACACACACACACACACACACACACACACUCCACCCCUGUCCCUCACACGGGCAUGUAGCCAGAGAGAAGGAAGUGGUCACACAAAAUCUGUCAUUCCUACACGUACUGUGCUGUACAUACACGCAAGUCUGUACAUAGGCAGUUGCAUACAGAGACACUCACUAUGUACACACACACUCUCACACACACAUACACUCGCCCCACCCCAGUGCCCUCACACGCAGCCUCUGAUCUCUCCUGCUCUUUGAAAAAUAUGGUGGCCUUGGCCAAGCCUAACUAAGAAUACAUUGCAUGCCACCAGCCCCCUUGUUGUUUUUCCUUAACAACAAUAGUUUUUAUUUUUAAUUUAAUUUAAUUUUUAUAUCCCCAACAAUUCAAUAUUUCACUGCCCACUUCUGGUGAGAACGGCCCAUCUGGGUCAAAACACUCAAGUGAAUGUAGUGCUCUGUGACAAUCUUUUUUUGCAGCGCGAGCUGUCUCAAUUUUCUCCUCAGCAAAUAAAAUAAUUGAAAGAACUGCCAAAUCAGAGUAAAAUAAGGAAGCAUAGAGACGGGAGGGAAAAAAGAGGAGGGUGGCGAAAGAAAGAGAUACGGGAGUUUUUCCUAGCCACAGUGCUUCUACAUCUGCAUUGCUUGCUGUUUGGGGUUUUAGGCCGGGUUUCUGAAUAAGCACUUUGUGACAUCUGCUGAUGUAAAAAGGGCUUUAUAAAUACAAUUUGAUUGAUUGAUUGAUAAGUAGAGGGACUGUUUUCUCUACUCUGGUGUUCAUCACUCAGCUAUUUCACGCUAAGCUGAGUACACAGCCUGUAAUGUUUGUGUCAUAUUUCCAGUGCGUGUCUGUAUGCAUGUGUGAAUGAGCAUGUGUGUGUGUGUGUGUGUGUGCACAGGUGCUUGUUGUAAAGUCUCAUAUGUCCAAAUCCCCAGCUACAGGCGGCUCUGGAGGAGCAGAGGACCCAGAAUGCCGUGCGUCUGAAGGAGCAGGAAGAGGAGCUAAAGAGGGAGGCGGGGUUAGAGCUGGUGAUUGACAGGGAGAAGAGUCAGGAGCUGCUGCUGCAGUACCAGAGAGAGAAGGAGCAGCUGCAGAGGAAGGUAACAGUAGCAGAGAGAGAAGGAGCAGCUGCAGAGGAAGGUAACAGUAGCAGAGAGAGAAGGAGCAGCUGCAGAGGAAGGUAACAGUAGCAGAGAGAGAAGGAGCAGCUGCAGAGGAAGGUAACAGUAGCAGAGAGAGAAGGAUCAGUGCAAGGGAGGUAACAGUAGCAGAGAGAGAAGGAGCAGCUGCAGAGGAAGGUAACAGUAGCAGAGAGAGAAGGAGCAGCUGCAGAGGAAGGUAACAGUAGCAGUGAGGAGAAGGAGCAGCUGCAGAGGAAGGUAACAGUAGCAGAGAGAGAAGGAGCAGCUGCAGAGGAAGGUAGCAGUAGCAGAGAGAGAAGGAGCAGCUGCAGAGGAAGGUAACAGUAGCAGUGCUACAGAGAUGGUUACUGGCUUCUGUGUAUGUUGUAUCAAUCACAGUCCUGAAAGGAGCAGUCAAUACCAUUUAACUACCACUACUGUCUCUCUUUCCCUCUCUCUGUCCCCCCUUAGUUAUUGUAGUUAUCUGAAUGUAGGAGAGAUGACAGAUUGACAGACAAUAAGACAGACAGACAACAGUCAGACAGUCAGACAGACACAGUCAAGCAGGGAGUAACACAGGGGCCUCUAGGUCUGCAGGCAAGCACAAGGUUCUGAUAACAAGAUUGAACAGAAUGUCCCUCUUUUCUCCCUGUCAAUCUGGCUCCAUCUCUGUCUGUCUCCUUGUCUGUAUGUCCGUCUCCUUGUCUCCUUGUCUCCUUGUCUGUCUGUCUGUCUCCU